AUGGUGUCAAAAAGAAGGAUACCUUCCAGGCACCAUUCUUUCAGCACCUAUGAGGUCCUGUUGGCAGCUCUCUUUGUCUUAUUGGUGGCGCUCUGUGCUGGAUUAAUCGCAGUGUCCUGGCUGGCAAUCGAGGGAUCAGAAAGAGAUGCGAUGUUUGGAAAAAGUCACAAAACCAGAGGGACAUUGAAAAUAACAGCUGGAGCCACGUAUAAUCCUAAUUUGCAAGACAAACUCUCAGUGGAUUUCAAAAUUCUUGCUUUUGACCUUCAGCAAAUGAUAGAUGAUGUCUUUCAAUCAAGUAACCUGAAAAAUGAAUAUAAAAACUCAAGAAUUUUAAGAUUUGAAAAUGGCAGCAUUAUAGUUAUAUUUGACCUUUUCUUUGCCCAGUGGGUGUCAGAUGCAAAUGUAAAAGAAGAACUGAUUCAAGGCAUUGAAGCAAAUAAAUCCAGCCAACUGGUCACUUUCCAUAUUGAUUUAAGCAGCAUUGAUAUCACAGGCAAGCUAACAAUCAGCAGUUCUCUGACAACUACAGGAAAUGUCUCAAUAGAUUGCCUGCCUGGUUCAAGACCUUGUGCUGAUGCUCUAAAGUGUAUAGCAAUUUAUUUAUUUUGUGAUGGAGAAAUAAACUGUCUGGAUGGCUCUGAUGAAGACAAUGACACUUGUGCCACAGCUUGUGAUGGCAGGUUUUUGUUGACUGGAUCUUCUGGGUCCUUCCAGGCUGCUCAGUACCCAAAACCUUCUAAAUCCAGUGUUGUUUGCCAGUGGAUUAUACGUGUAAAUCAAGGACUCUCCAUUAAACUGAGCUUCAAUUUUUUUAAUAUGAAUUAUACAGAUGUAUUAAAUAUUUAUGAAGGUGUGGGUGCAGACAAGAUUUUAAGAGCUUCUCUCUGGAAAACCAAUCCUGGUACAAUUAGGAUCUUUUCCAACCAGAUUACUGUCACCUUUUUUAUAGAAUCUGAUGAAAAUGAUUAUAUUGGAUUUAAUGCAACAUACACUGCAUUUAAUAGCACAGAGCUUAAUAAUUAUGAGAAAAUUAACUGUGAUUUUGAAGAUGGCUUUUGUUUCUGGGUCCAGGAUCUAAAUGAUGAUAAUGAGUGGGAAAGGAUUCAGGGAAACACCUUUCCUCCUUUUACUGGACCAAAUGUUGACCAUACUUUUGGCAAUUAUUCAGGAUUUUACAUUUCUACCCCAACUGGACCAGGAGGAAGACAAGAAAGAGUAGGGCUCUUAAGUCUCCCUUUAAAUCCCACUUUGGAACCAGUCUGCCUCAGUUUCUGGUAUUAUAUGUAUGGUAAAAAUGUCUAUAAAUUAAGCAUAAGCAUUAAUAUCAACAGUAACCAAAACAUGGAGAAGAUAAUUUUCCAAAAGGAAGGAAAUUAUGGAGAAAAUUGGAAUUAUGGACAAGUAACAUUAAAUGAAACAUUGGAAUUUAAGGUUGCUUUUAAUGCUUUUAAAAACCAGUUCCUGAGUGAUAUAGCAUUGGAUGACAUUAGCCUAACAUACGGGAUUUGCAAUGCGAGUCUUUAUCCAGAACCAACUUUGGUCCCAACUCCUCCACCAGAACUUCCUACGGACUGUGGAGGACCUUUUGAACUGUGGGAGCCAAAUACAACAUUCACUUCUAUGAACUUCCCAAACAGCUACCCUAACAAGGCUUUUUGUGUUUGGAUAUUAAAUGCACAAAAGGGAAAGAAUAUACAACUUCAUUUUCAAGAAUUUGACUUAGAAAAUAUUGUCGAUGUGGUGGAAAUCAGAGAUGGUGCAGGAGAUGAUUCUUUGCUCUUAGCUGUGUACACAGGGGCCGGCCCAGUAAAGGAUGUGUUCUCAACCACCAACCGAAUGACUGUGCUUUUCAUCUCGGACGAUGUGUUGGCAAAAGGGGGAUUUAAAGCCAACUUCACUACCGGCUACAACCUGGGGUUUCCAGAGCCCUGCAAGGAGGACCAUUUUCAGUGUAAGAAUGGAGACUGUAUUCCACUGGUGAAUCUCUGUGAUGGUCUUCUUCACUGUAAGGAUGGCUCUGAUGAAGCACAUUGUGUGCGUCUUUUCAAUGGCACCAGGAACAACAAUGGUUUGGUGCAGUUCAGAAUCCUGAGCACAUGGCAUGGAGCUUGUGCUGACAAUUGGACCACCCAGAUUUCAAAUGAUGUCUGCCAGUUGCUGGGACUAGGGAGUGAAAACUCAUCGACGCCAAUCUUCUCUUCUGGAAGUGGACCAUUUGUAAAAGUAAACAUAGCCCCCAAUGGCAGCUUGAUACUAACACCAAGUAAACAGUGUUUACAGGAUUCACUGAUUCUGUUACAGUGUAACCAUAAGGCAUGUGGAAAAAAACUAGUGGGUCAAGAAGUCAGCCCUAAGAUUGUUGGAGGCAGUAAUGCCAAAGAAGGAGCCUGGCCCUGGGUCGUUGCUCUUUAUUACAACGACCAGCUGCUCUGUGGUGCAUCUCUCGUCAGCAAUGACUGGCUGGUGUCCGCCGCCCACUGUGUGUACGGGAGAAAUUUAGAGCCAUCCAAGUGGAAAGCAACCCUAGGACUGCAUAUGACAUCAAAUCUGAGUUCUCCUCAUAUAGUAACUCGGUUGAUAGAUCAAAUUGUCAUAAAUCCACAUUACAAUAAACGAAUAAAGGACAGUGACAUCGCCAUGAUGCAUCUUGACUUUAAAGUGAACUACACAGAUUAUAUACAACCUAUUUGUUUACCAGAAGAAAAUCAAGUUUUUCCUCCAGGAAGAAUUUGUUCCAUUGCUGGCUGGGGGAGGCUUAUACAUCAAGGUCCUACUGCAAACAUAUUACAAGAAGCCAAUGUUCCUCUUCUCUCAAAUGAGAAAUGCCAACAACAGAUGCCAGAAUAUAACAUUACAGAAAACAUGGUAUGUGCAGGCUAUGAAGAAGGAGGAAUUGAUUCUUGUCAGAGAUGUAAGAACAUGAACUCACUGAAUGCCAACACUGCAAUAGAUCUGAAGUAUCAAUAG